AUGGCUGACUGAUGUCUUCUACAGUUAACAACCUCGCAGUUGAUGUUGAGCCAGGUUUUUUAUUUGUUUUUUCACCAGUUUUACAUGAUCUCUCUGUGGUGAAAAUGGGAUGUGAUUUGUAUUUCCGGAACCGGACUGUUCAGCCGUUAUGGGAACACGGAAGGGGAAGUUUUUGGAGUAGGAUGGACUUUACCAGUAUUCCCUGAGCCACUAAUGACCGUAGCCUAUCGUUUAGGUUUACUUUCACAUUUGAAUUCGAGCUAUUGCGUUGUUUAUAUUUUGUACACAGAAGACGGAAAUGGCAGACUCGCAGGACGAGUCACUGGGUCCUGCUUUCGAAAAAGACCCGCUGGAACUUGGGGUUGAAGAUGUUUAUGACAUUUCAUACGUCAUUGGCAAAGACUUGUUCAAAUUAAACAGUGGCGGUCAGGAGGUCUCAGAUUUACAAUUCAAAAUUGUCCGAGUUUUGGAAAUGUUUGAAAUAAUGGUCAGCAAGUAUAACCUGUCGCUGGAGGAGCUCCGGAUGGAGAGGGACAGCCUGAAGGGAGAACUGGACCGAGUUGUUGAGGGUUCUCAUGAAAACGGUAACAAUAUAAUUGGGCUUGACAAGCUGGUGAUCGAUAUGAAGGACCCAAACCGACCACGAUUCACAAUGCAGGAGUUAAAGGAGGUUCUACAGGAGAGGAACCAGCUUAAAGCACAGCUACUGGUGGCCCAGGAAGAGCUACAGUUCUAUAAAAGUGGUGUUUUACCUCAGCCAGAACCAAAUAUGGUGGAAAUAGAUCUGGGGACUCCUUCCUCAAUGGACCCCCCACUUUCUGCUCCUACAAAGGAGAACAAAGAACAACACAAAGAGGAGAGGACUACUAUUCAAAAACUGUUCUCAUUUAGAAGAAAAUGACAACAGCCCUGGGGAUCAGAAGCAUAUUUUGAAGGACUCUGACGACAUCUGUGUACUCAGCCUCAUACUGUCCAAAUCAGUUUGACAAUAUGUUGUACUUUUGAAAAGUCUUCCUGUUAUAUGGCAAGAAUUUGUCUUUUUAAAGACCAAUUACUUCAUCUAGCAAGCUCUAGUUAUCUUUAAAAUGCCACAUUUUUACUACAAAAAGUUUCAUCACGUACUGUUGCUUCACAUUCGUUUUCUUGAUUGACAACUUAUCAAAUGAUGUUUUUUUUAAUCAAAAAGGGGGCUCCUGAGUGGGAAAUAUACACCCUGUUGUCAGGAGAGCUCCAUUUUAAAUCCUGAUGAUGUCACAUGAUCGCCCUGAGCAGUGGCUGGGAGAUAAGGGAGAAAAGUUGUUAUCUUGAUGUUAAGAUGUUAUCACUGGGAGGGAUACUAUACGCCGUCUUCAUAUAUGGCAUUUGGCAGAUGCUAUAAUCCAGCAUGACGUACGACUAUCUCAUUGAUACUUCUGCGCAGUUGAGAUUUAAGGGCCUUGCUCAAGGGCCCAAUGGUGACAGCUUGGCAGUUUGAACUCAUUGCCUUCUGAUCAGUAGCCAGCAUCUUAACCACUGAGCUUCUCUCUCUCUCUCUCCUCUUAAACACAGUGACACUACUCAAUUGUGGGCAUAUGUGAGCUUAUGUAUGCAGAAGAGGGAAGAUAGUGCUUUCCUCCAGAGUGUUAUGCUGCCCUGCAACACAGUAUGAGAAGUGGUUGGAGUAUGUUAGGCUUCAACCUCUCAGUUGGUAGAUGUUGUUUGAAAGGGACAAGUUGACCAUGGGUAGAAAUUGGCAGGUGUCCAAAAUUGGUAGAAAAUGGGGGAAAGGUCUGGAAAAAUUAUCCACACAGGAUACUCAAGGAACUAAUACUUGCUUGGACAGUCUUUUUCUAAUUACAGGUAUCUUACAGCACUAUUUUCUUCAAAUUUAAGGGGGAGGUUUCUACUUAGGCUCUGCUUUAUUAACAAAAGUCAGUGAAGAUAUAGUUAAAAUUAAAUAAAGACAAAAAUCCCUUUUUUUCUUUCAAUAUAAGUUUCAGUAUUUAUUAUUGAAUGAUGAUAAAAACCAACUGUUUUGUACUGUUUUGUACAUCCCUGUUAUACAUCCCUGUGGUAGUAUAACAUCAAAUAAUCACAUCUUCACACAAAUCAUAAAAGUAGACAACUGGUACAUGAUACAAGCGAUUAGUGUCAUGAUUUGGGCAUGUUUUGCUGCAUCUGGGCCUGGACAAUUUGUCAUCAUUGAUGGAACAAUGAAUUCUGAAUUAUACCAGCGAUUUCUAAAGGAAAAUGUCAGGACAUCUGUCUGUGAAGUGAAUCUGAAGAGAAAGUGGGUCAUGCAGCAAGACAACGACCCUAAACACACAAGUCGUUCUACCAAAGAAUGGUUAAUGGAAUUAAGUUAAUGUUUUGGAAUUGCCAAGUCAAAGUCCUGACCUUAAUCCAAUAGAAAUGUUGUGGAAGGAUCUGAAGCAAGCAGUUCAUGUGAGGAAACCCACCAACAUCCCAGAGUUGAAGCUGUUCUGUACUGAGGAACGGGCUAAAACUCCUCCAAGCCGAUGUGCAGGACUCAUCAACAGUUACCGCAAACGUUUAUUGCUGCACAAGGGGGUCACACCAGAUACUGAAAGCAAAUGUUCACACACUUUUGGCACUCAUGUAAUUAUUGGGUCGUUUUCUGCAAUAAAUAAAUGACCAACUAUUAUAUUUUUGUAGUAACAAGCCACAGGAAAAGCUGUGUGUUGGUCUCGAACACAAGAUUGGACCAGGAAUCGACUGGAAAAUCUCAAAUGGACAUACACAAUACACAGAACACUAAACAUACAAAGACAAGUAACACAAAUGGGACCAUAACAUCUGAUAAAAUUAUAUUCUAAGUGAAAACAUUUCUUCUUCACCAAGCCUAAUUUGUAAUUUGAUAUGCCAAUAUAUGAAUAUAUCUGUGUUGAAUGUUUGGAAAGUUUGUGUUUCAGAUAAUACAGUAUACUUGUUGCUGUCUGUAUAAAUGGUUUUUACCAAA